UCUUUCCCUGAACCCCAGGAAGACUUUAGCCUCAUUUCUCGACCUACCGCACAGCUUCACCUGAGGUGCGGUGUGCGUGUGAGCCUGAGCCGGGUGACGGGCAGGAAUGCAGCAGGCGGGACUGGCUCUCGCGGCCUUGGCUGCCUGUGUGGCUCUUUGCCCCUCGGACGCCAUACUUCCCAUUGCCUCCAGCUGCUGCACUGAGGUCUCCCAGCAUAUCUCCAGAAGGCUUCUGCAGAGAGUGAGCGUCUGUCACAUCCAGAGAGCCGAUGGGGACUGUGACUUGGCCGCCGUCAUCCUGCACAUCAAGCGCAGAAGGAUCUGUGUCAGCCCGCACAGCCGCACGGUUAAGCAGUGGAUGAAAGAACAGGCAGGCAAGAGGAACGCCAGAGGCCCCGUUUGCCACAGGAGGAAGCGCCACAGCAAGAGGAGCGGUAAAGGGGCACGUCGUGGGGGGCACAGAGCGCGCGGCCACGGAGCUCCUUCUCAGAGACGGCCCAGAUGACCCCGUGAACACGUUCCUCCCGUGAACUUGGCCAAGGCGGGUUAUACAUUUAUCAUGUGAAUGUUCCUUCGUGGGAGCCAACAGGGUGAAACAACAUGAUGUUUGUUAAAAGACGCAAUGACACGGUAGGCAAAGGCAGCCAAUACUACACUGAACUGAAAAAUGAAAUGAGGAGAUAGUACCUAUCUUCAUAGAGUGUUUAAGGAGCACAGCAUACAGAUGCAAUUCUUCAGCUUCAUCACGAUGAAGUUUUCCAAACCUACAGAGAAGCUGAAAGAGUGGUACAAGGAAUGCCUGUGUACUGGUCAUCUAGACGAGUCAUUGUUAAUAUUUCGCCACACUUGUUUUCUCUCUCUUUGUGUAUGUACAUAAAACAUUAUAUAGAAGCAUAUACAUUUUUCCUAAAUCACUGGAAAAUAAGUUGCAAACAUCACGAUGCUUCGCUUCUACAUUUCUUUUUACCAUUACAACCAGCAUUCCUCAAGAAUAAAGACAUUUUCUAUAUAAUCACAUGAUCAGCUUUAUACCUAAAAAAAUUACAGUUUCAGAUCUAUAUAUUCCACAUUCAAAUUUGCCCAGCUAUUCCCAAAAUAUUUCAUAUAGCUUUUUCAAUCUCUCAAUCAAGGUGUACAUAUUGUGAUUGUUAUAUUUCUUUAGUAUCUUUUAAUCUAAGAAAGUCUUUCUGCUGUUUUUCUUUCUCCCCGUGGCAAAGAUGUUUUCAAAGGCGUCUACAGGUUUGUCUGUUUCCCAUGAGCACACUGAGGUUCAACAUUUUCAGUAAGAAUGCUUCCUGUAUGAGUCUGUAUGUUUCUUAUCUCAUUAUUUGGAGUUAUAAACAUUGGAGUUCAUUUUUCUUUGUAAA